AACCAAAGCUCCACCAGUUGGUUUUUCGUUAUCCCCAAAACCCCACGCCACCACAACCCAACCCAUUUCGGGUCUCAUAUCAGAUAAAGCGCCAAAACCCCCCACAAGACCCUCUCUUUCUCUCUUCUCUAAUCUCUUCUCUUUCCCUCUAUCUCUCAAAACACAGAGAUAAGCAAAAAUGGCUACAGAGUCAGUCAGAGUAGUCCACAGUUUCAGCUUCAAUGGGUCUCAGCCAAGGCCUACCAUCCCUCUCUCCCCAGCUCGCUUUCUGGGUCUUCGUCCUCCUCGUUCUUCUUCUUCUCUCACCUCGUCUUCACUUUCCCAGUUCUUUGGGAAUCUGCGUCUCACCUCCAACUCCUCAAAGACCUCUCAUUUGCGCCAACACAGCCGGAGAAACCUCUCUGUUUUCGCCAUGGCUGCCGAUGAUGGAAAGCGUGCAGUACCAUUGGUAGAUUAUCGGAAUAUUGGAAUUAUGGCUCACAUAGAUGCAGGGAAGACUACUACAACUGAACGGAUUUUGUACUAUACUGGAAGAAACUAUAAAAUUGGGGAGGUGCAUGAAGGAACAGCAACUAUGGACUGGAUGGAGCAGGAACAAGAAAGAGGCAUUACCAUAACUUCUGCAGCAACUACAACAUUUUGGGACAAACACAGAAUUAACAUUAUUGAUACUCCUGGCCAUGUGGACUUCACCCUCGAAGUGGAGCGAGCUCUCAGGGUACUUGAUGGCGCAAUAUGCUUGUUUGACAGUGUUGCUGGGGUGGAACCUCAGUCUGAAACUGUGUGGAGGCAAGCUGAUAAAUAUGGGGUGCCCAGGAUUUGCUUUGUCAACAAAAUGGAUCGUCUUGGGGCAAACUUUUUCCGCACAAGGGACAUGAUAGUGACAAAUUUGGGUGCCAAACCACUUGUACUUCAGAUUCCAGUUGGUGCCGAAGAUAAUUUUAAGGGAGUUAUUGAUCUUGUGAAGAUGAGAGCUAUACUUUGGUCAGGAGAAGAAUUGGGUGCAAAGUUUUCGUAUGAGGAUAUUCCAUCUGAUCUUCAGGAGUUGGCUGACGAAUACAGGUCACUGAUGAUAGAAACCAUAGUUGAGUUGGAUGAUGAAGCUAUGGAGGGCUAUCUAGAAGGAGUUGAACCUGAUGAGGCCACCAUUAAGAAAUUGAUUAGGCAGGGAACCAUCUCAGCUAGUUUUGUGCCAGUAUUAUGUGGCUCAGCUUUUAAAAAUAAGGGGGUUCAACCAUUGCUUGAUGCUGUCGUGGAUUAUUUACCUUCACCGCUUGAUGUGCCACCAAUGCAGGGAACUGAUGCAGAUAACCCAGAAAUCACAAUUGAGAGGGCUGCAAGUGAUGAUGAACCAUUUGCUGGGCUGGCAUUCAAGAUCAUGAGUGAUCCAUUUGUGGGAUCCCUUACAUUUGUGAGAAUCUAUGCAGGAAAGCUAACUGCUGGAUCAUACGUGCUGAAUGCAAACAAGGGGAAAAAGGAGAGGAUCGGUAGACUUCUAGAAAUGCAUGCAAACAGUAGGGAGGAUGUUAAGGUUGCUUUAGCUGGUGAUAUUGUUGCUCUUGCAGGUCUAAAAGAUACUGUUACUGGUGAAACAUUGAGUGACCCUGAGCAUCCUAUUGUGCUUGAACGUAUGGAAUUCCCUGAUCCUGUGAUUAAGGUGGCAAUUGAACCCAAAACUAAAGCCGAUGUUGAUAAGAUGGGAGCUGGUUUGGUUAAACUUGCUCAGGAAGACCCUUCGUUCCACUUCUCAAGGGAUGAAGAGGUCAAUCAGACAGUGAUCGAAGGAAUGGGUGAAUUGCAUCUUGAGAUUAUUGUUGAUCGCCUCAAGAGGGAAUUCAAGGUCGAGGCAAAUGUUGGAGCACCCCAGGUAAACUACCGCGAAAGCAUUUCUAAAGUCGCAGAAGUAAAGUAUGUGCACAAGAAACAAUCUGGCGGACAAGGUCAAUUCGCAGAUAUCACAAUCCGAUUUGAACCCAUGGAGCCUGGUAAUGGAUACGAAUUCAAGAGUGAAAUCAAGGGAGGUGCAGUGCCAAGAGAGUACAUUCCUGGGGUGAUGAAAGGACUAGAGGAGUGUAUGAGUAACGGUGUGCUUGCCGGCUUUCCUGUCGUCGACGUGCGUGCUGUACUAGUUGAUGGUUCUUACCACGAUGUUGACUCGAGUGUUUUGGCAUUCCAGUUGGCAGCUAGAGGAGCUUUCCGAGAGGGUAUGAAGAGAGCCGGCCCAAAAAUGCUUGAGCCUAUUAUGAAAGUUGAAGUAGUUACACCUGAAGAGCAUUUGGGAGAUGUAAUUGGUGACCUUAACUCCAGGAGAGGUCAAAUCAACAGCUUUAGUGACAAACCUGGUGGUCUCAAGGUGGUUGAUUCUUUGGUUCCUCUUGCGGAGAUGUUCCAAUAUGUUAGUACACUCAGGGGCAUGACAAAAGGUCGUGCAUCCUACACGAUGCAAUUAGCUAGGUUUGAUGUUGUUCCUCAGCACAUUCAGAACCAACUUGCCGCUAAGGAGGAAGAAGUUGCUGCUUGAUUUUGUUUCCGUGUACAAUAGCUAUUCUUAUCCUGUAUUCAGGGUCCAAAAAAAUGAGGGUUUUCUUGUC